UUGAUUUCUUUAGCAUCUUGUUUACAUUGAUAGUCUCGACUUCUCUUUGACGUGCAAUGCAUGCACCUCAAACUGACACGUUUAUUUCAACACAAAAGGAUGACAACUGCAUUUUAAGUGACUUAAAAGUAGAGAGGUCCUCUGUCAUCAGAGCCACCGGAAGCUGUCCGACUGUCGUUGCUGAGGUCUUGUGUUUCCUGUUCACUGGCGGGAAGAGCGAAAGAAUCUGGACCAUCGGUCUGUUUUCAAAACGCACGUUGCUUUUUAAAAUUAUUAUUAGCGCAGUUUCAGUAAUUUAUGAUAAACCGAAAUCCACAUGAUUUGGAUACAUAUAUUUGCUUGACCUGUGCUUAUAGUUUAAAGGGGUUUGAAGCGCGAAACCGAUGGAGGAGCCCGCUGACUCCGUCCGUGGCGGGGCAACACAGGGCCCCACAGCGCAAGUGGCAGAGAUCCGCUGCCCAAUGGCAGCGCGUCCUAUGCGGCUGCUGGAAUGGAAAGUCAAACCAGGGUCCCUCGUCAAUGUGGACUCGGUGUUGGGGUUAUGUGUUCCCAUCCCGCUGGAGAAAGAGGCCGGGUCUCAGCCGCCAGAACAACCCAAAAGGCUGCAAGAGAAGAAACUGAAAUCGGAUCGAGCUGGAGUGGUGAAGGACUUAUGUUGUCUACUUGGACAAGUCAUAUCGCCUGGUGCUGUGAUUGUCAGAGUAGAAGAAUGCAGUCAUCCAGUCGUGAUGAAGGGGCUGUGUGCUGAAUGUGGUCAGGACCUCACACAGAUGCAGAGUAAUAAUGGGAGGCAGCAGGCUCACAUCUCCACGGCAAAUGUUUCCAUGGUGCACAGUGUCCCCGAGUUGAUGGUCAGCUCUGAGCAAGCGGAGCAGUUGGGCAGAGAGGACCAGCAGAGACUCCACAGGAACAAGAAGCUGGUUCUGAUGGUUGAUCUGGACCAAACCCUGAUCCACACCACCGAGCAUCACUGUCGGCGCAUGUCCAAUAAGGGAAUCUUCCACUUCCAGCUGGGGCGGGGGGAGCCCAUGUUACACACGCGACUGCGUCCGAACUGCAAAGACUUCCUGGAGAAGAUCGCCCAGCUCUACGAGCUGCAUGUCUUCACUUUCGGAAGCCGCCUCUAUGCGCACACCAUCGCAGGCUUCCUGGACCCUGAGAUGAAGCUGUUCUCCCACAGGAUCCUGUCCAGAGACGAAUGCAUCGACCCCUUCUCCAAGACAGGGAACCUGAGGAAUCUGUUCCCGUGUGGUGACUCGAUGGUAUGUAUUAUAGAUGAUCGGGAGGACGUGUGGAAGUUUGCUCCCAACCUGAUCACUGUGAAGAAGUACGUCUACUUCCAGGGCACAGGAGACCUCAACGCUCCGCCCGGGUCUAAAGGGGCCCAGCAGGCAAGGAAAGCCGGCAGCCAGGCCAGCCGACCGGCAGAGGCCUCGGAAGCAGCAGUAACGCCCGGGCCUACAGCGGGGUCGUCUGCGUCAGAGGAGCGGAGUAACGGCCGUAAGAAACAGCGGUCUAAAGACCACAACAACGGAGGGAGGGUGGAGUCAACAGCCCCCGCAGCCACUCGGGAAGCAGCAGCCAAUGAGCGGACUCAACCGGGCGAGGCUGUGGAGGAGGGUCGGGGCGGGGGGGCCGAUGCCAGCACGGCAGCACAGGUGAGCGACAGGACACAUGUGAAAGAGGAUGUGCAAGGAGAAGAGGAUGGCAGCAGGACAGUGGGCUCAGAGGAGGAAGCUCCUCCUACAUCCUCCACUCCUCCAGACCUCCAUGAGCCCAACAGCAACCUGGACUUUGACCUGUCCAGCGACUCUGACUCUGUUACGUGUAAACCACCCUCAUCAGACAGUGAGGGGGAGUACAGCCAGACCAGGAAGUCCAAACAGGAAGGGGUGGAGCAGGCGGCAGUAGAGGAUCCAUCAGGCGGGGCUGGAGGAAAGGAAGAGGGAGGUAUUAAGCAGAAGCGCACCGGGGAGAACAGCUCCGAGGUAGGAGGGGAGAUGUCUGUGCUUGUCCUGCCUCCUGAGCAGGAGAACGGGCGCUCAGAACGGAGGGAGGCUGAGACAAAGUCCCAGAACAGUGAACAGUCAGGAGUCACCAUGGAGGAGGAGGAGGACCAGGAUAACCACCUCAUCUAUCUACAAGAGGUGCUGGAGCGUAUCCAUGGAGAAUACUACGCCCGCUACAGCGCCUUCCUCAGGAAGGAACGCCCAGAGACGCCUGAUAUCAGGAAGGAACGCCCAGAGACGCCUGAUAUCAGGAAGGAACGCCCAGAGACGCCUGAUAUCAGGAAGGAACGCCCAGAGACGCCUGAUAUCAGGAAGGAACGCCCAGAGACGCCUGAUAUCAGGAAGGAACGCCCAGAGACGCCUGAUAUCAGGAAGGAACGCCCAGAGACGCCUGAUAUCAGGAAGGAACGCCCAGAGACGCCUGAUAUCAGGAAGAUCGUCCCGGAGCUGAAGGCCCGGAGCCUGGAGGGCACCAUCAUUGUGUUCUCUGGGCUGUACCCCACCAACUACCCAAUGGAGAGAACCAGGGAGAACUACCAUGCCAAGGCCCUGGGUGCAAAGAUAGGCAAGAGCCUCCUGCUCAGCUCUAAAGACCCUGGCAGAACCACGCACCUCAUUGCUGCUAGAGCAGGUACAGAGAAGGUGCGUCAGGCCCAAGGCUGUAAACGCCUCCAUGUGGUGAAUCCUGACUGGCUGUGGGGAUGUCUGGAGCGCUGGGAAAGGGUGGAUGAAUCACUGUAUCCACUGAAGGAGGACUACACCAAGACCCAACGGAGCAACAGCCCAGCCACGUUCCCUGACCACCAAGGGUCCUUCCAGAACCCCCCGGCCCCCCUCCACCUCCCCCCUCCAGCUGCCCCUGAGGUGCGGACGUACGACCCGGUCACGGGGAAGCUGAUUCGCCGCGGGCUUCAGGCCUCCAAACCACCAUCUUACCUUCAGGCCUCCAUGUUUGCUGCCCACGGUGACCAGACAUCCCUGAGGGGGGGUCAGAAGGACCAGCAGGGGGAGACGGCGGGUCCCUCCAGUCGAGACGAGGAGCAGCCUGGACCCUCCUGCCGCCGGAGGGAACGCCAGCCCAGCAUGUCAGAGACCAACCCUCUCUACACAUUCUGUAAAGAAGACCUGGACAGCAUGGACAAGGAGGUGGACGACAUGCUCGAUGAGGAGAGCGACGAGGAGGGAGAAGGCCGGGGGAAGAAGACUAUGGAAGAGGAGAUGGAGGAAGAAGAGGGGCAGCGGCCAAAGGGUUGUGGACAGAGCACUGAGGGAGAGAAGCACCACCAACGGCACCACCUCCGCGAGCAGCAGCACCAUGACCAGCUGAAGCAGCAGGGUCUGGCUACCGUCGUAGAGGAGACUGAGAAAACACAGAUGCCGCCUAGUCACCAGGGCGGUACAACGACGGCGGACAGCGUGCCAAGGGGACAGAAGCGCAAGCUUGCUGAGGCCAAGGAGGAGGAAGAGGGGGAGUCGGCGGACGAGUCCACCAAGGAUUCUAAUGAGGAAGAGGAAGGAAGCAGCUCAGAGGCUGAUGAGAUGGCCGCUGCCCUGGAUGCGGAGCUCAACGACUUCAUUUGACAUGGAUGAAUUUGAUUGGACAAAAGAACUGGGGCGUUUGAUUGGACGUUUGUGAACGAUGCCUCACAGAAACACUCUUAAUUUCCCCAGCAGCUUUACGUCCGGGUGGUGCCUGAAUCUUUGUCUCUACUGUGUGUGUGUGUGUGUGUGUGUGUGUGUGUGUGUGUGUGUGUGUGUGUGUGUGUGUGUGUGUGUGUGUGUGUGUGUGUGUGUGUGUGUGUGUGUGUGUGUGUGUGUGCGUGUGCGUGUGCGUGUGCGUGCGUGUGUGUGUGCGUGUGUGUUUUAACGAGGUUGAAUGUGUUGUACAGAAUGAAAAGGUAGGUUAGAACAGUAGGAAAACGUCGGUGUGUAAAUAUACGCUGAAAAAAAAUAAAGGGACCACUAAAAUAACA